AUGUUCCUGACUAUGGCAAGUGCUCAGGAGUGUGUGGAUGCUGUGCUGAUGUCCGACUGCUCCGAUCGAGCCACGGUGGUGGUGGCCUAUGCCGUCCUGGCGUUGGGCUGCUAUCUUGUUAGCAUACAUUCGGAUAUCAAAAGCGCCGUGGGAGGCAUGUCACGGGCCACUGGAUAUUUUCGACGAGCGUUGUCAGAAUCGAACUAUCUGACAAUGAAUAACGCGACUGGGAUUCUGAUCAUGAUCAUCUUCGCAGACAAAUGUGGUCAUCACACCAAAUCCCGUCUUAUCACCCUCGGUGUCCAGUUCGUGCAGGAUUUGGCACUUCAUAGCUCUCGGCGCCUGCGACAGCUUUGCACCGAGUCCGACGAACGAUUGCUUAAGAAUGCCUUCUGGCAUCUCUAUGCCAUUGAAAAAGCCGACGCGGUGGACAGAGGCCGAUCUUCGAUGAUGUGUGACAAGCUCACCGACUAUUCGCCCAGUGAUGGAUUCCAGAACCCUGAUGAAGCACGCUUGACGCUUCAAUGUUUAUACGGACAUAUCUGUGAUCGUGUGAUAGAUUCGCUCUAUAGCCAAGCAGCCCUCCGAGUACCACGACAUGACAUGUGCCGUCAGAUAGAAGAUGCAUAUUGCCUGGUUCAAUCAUGGCUUGGUAUUCUACAGACAUAUAACAAUUCGCUCAAUUAUUCUUCAGGGCGCCCCUCUUUCCUCCAGGAGCACAUGGAGUCAGAGACGCAUUUGAGCUCUUAUUUUAUUACAUUCUUGAUUCACGGUAAAUGGCUCCAACUCGCGCAGCAGGGACUGGCUCCUGAGGAGAGAGAGGCGUAUGAGCGAAGUGAAGCACGAUGUCUCGCUGCUGCGCGAUCUGUGUUGGAACAAUGUAGCCAGCACACCCAUGUCCAGAUGCUGUCUAGUAUGAGAUUUCGUUCGCUUCCAAAAAUCGCGGCAUGCAUUCUCGUUAUUAUAGGGCAAUCGUGCGACCGAUUGGAGGAAGAGCGGAUGUACCUGCACAUGGCGUCUGGAUUUUAUAGUAGACUUGCCAUCUUCAUGCCCGUUCAGUUAGGUUUGUUGAUGGAGUUGAUGGAUGUAUCGGCGUAG